GGCUGACCCUCUCCCAGAUCCCCGAUUCUCCCUCAGCCUCACUGCCUCAGUCGAUUAGCCCUCGAAACCCUCACCGCCUCACGCACUGACACAUUGUGGCAGUCGGCAUUGGGCCAAUGGCAGAAGCCUCACUCCCUUCUACAAUGCAAACUAAAAUUGAGUUUUUUCUCGGUUUAUCUUUUUUUUUCUAAAUAUAUAUUAAAUAAUACUCUAUUCUUGGAAGUAUUUCCAAGAAUCGAGCGAGAUUUGCUUAUACUAGCAAUCGUCAACCCCUGCGCCGCUUGCAAGAUCCUCCGCCGCCGGUGUGCCGAGAAAUGCAUUCUGGCGCCGUACUUUCCCCCGACAGAGCCCCCCUCAAGUUCACCACCGCGCACAGGGUGUUCGGAGCCAGCAACAUCAUCAAGCUCUUGCAGUUCCUUCGCAAUAUUAAAAUGGGCAUUUUCCAAUUCUCCUUCGAAGACCCUGUUUACGGAUGCGCAGGGGCAAUUUGCCAACGGCAGAAACAGGUGAGCGAUUUGCAAGCGCAACUGGCCAAAGCCCAAGCCCAAGGCGAGCUCGUCAACAUGCUACUCCAGCAGGCAAAUCUCCUCGUUAAUCAUGGAAAUGGCACAAGACGAAUCCGCCCAAUCUCCAACACAGGAUCCCAUCGUCUCCUGCAUCGACAACGCCGACACUACUACGAUCACCGUCGGCAACUUCUUCUUCGACAACUCUAGUCUGGGCUCUGCCUGGGAACCUCUCUGGACAUGAUCAACGGAUCCAUCUCCAAUGGCGGAGGAUGUUGAGCCCAUUAGUAUCUCCAACGGCGGAGGAUAUUGAGCCCAUUAGUAUUCCAAGCAAAUCUCGAUGAACCAGCGCCACACGUGCGACUUCCCAACCAAAUCUGGCUGCUUGGUACCAAGUAGCGGGUUUACAUUCUGAAAUCCUUUCCAAAAUAAAGUAUUAUUUAAUAUACUUUUUAGAAAAAAAUAAAU